GUAUUUUGAUAUUUCUAGUUGGUAGAAAUGCUUUUUACGUACCGGUUUAACGUUUUUGGAAAGUUGCCUAUUGUCUUUUUCAUCCUUUCAGAAUUCAGUUUCACGGCUGCUGACUGGUAUACAGAGAUAUGCAAUGCUGGGAUGUGUUUUAAUGAUGAUGCGGUAUGUCUCCGUUCCUGUGAUCAGAUCUGUGGGGAACACAGUGGGCGGGGCUUCUGUAAUUAUGACCCUUUUAUACGUAUUCACAUGUGCUGGUGUGGUUAUGACCGAUCAGAAACAACAACAACAACAACAAUACGAACAACGAGUUCCACACCUUUACCUGUACCCGCUCUAGCCAAUCACAGAGCUACUCUGACGGAAUCAGAGGAUUGUGGGAGCUCUCAAUGUUUUGCUAACAGAGACACAUGUGACAGCUAUUGUCCCAUCCGGUGUCAUCCCCAGCUCUACUCCUGUGAUCUGAGAUGGCAUGGUCGUUUUAAAUGCCUGUGUAUUCAGGAAGUUAUUGUUCAAAGUUUGAAGUCAUAAACCACAGAUAUAUAAAUUUUCAA